UCGGGGGCUCGAGGGGGGCUCGAGGCUCGACCGUGUGCAGGAGGGUUUGAGAUCCUCCUCCCGCCGCACAGUGGACAGGAGCAGGAUUUGGGUCUGUGCAGAUGCUGGCAGGAUGUCGAGCAGGACCUGAAGCGCAAGAGGGCAUGGUCCAUGGAUUGGGCUUGAUGGGGAGGUUUUUGUUGCGCUGAACGGCAUCCAGCGGGGGUCGUCGAUGCGGAGGACGACGUCGUGAUGGACAUCAAUUGCGGAAAAUAUCUGAGGCUUCGAUCGCUUGCUCGCUUGCUUGCUUGCUUGCAUACGCGCUCGACGUCAAAGGCUCAUGGCGGUGGAUUGAUGGUGCGUCUCUUAUCUUGCUGAGAAUCGACGUAGCUGGAAUCCUGCUGGAUCUGCAGGAAUGUCGCACGCGACAUGGGUCGAGCCGGACGUAAAUAUUCUUUCCAGAGCAAUCACUCUAUCCGCGAUAGCAUUGCUGCUCACUCCACUCCACGUGAAUUGCCAUCAUGCUCCUGACCGACACACUGCUUACGCAGUCACUACGCGAGCUUCGCAUUCGCAUUUCCCUUUUCCGUGUCAACUCGUCGACUGAAGACGCCGCCCAGCCUCUCCCCAUGCAGGCUCAGAUUCACCACCAUCCUUCAUCUGCAGCUGGUCGCGCCCCCUCACUACUAGCUAGCACGUUGUGUGACACUCGUUUGGAAGAGCAUUGGAGCUUUACCACAAUCUCGCUCCAAGAAAAUGAAGGUUCAGAUGACUUGCUUAAGGAGCUCACAUUCAAUUCAAUUGACCACGAACGUGAAUAUAAUUGCGACAUCGGGUGGAGAUGGGGAGGCAGACACUGGGGGUCGUCCCGGGUCAGCACUGACAACAGAAAAGCCUCGGGACCAAAGGAUGCAGUCAGUCACUGCACUGCAAAUGCCUCAUCACGUGACCCCACCCACAACGCGAUCUGAGCACUCUCGCACACCAUGAGGUGCACGCUGUAGGAAAACGCCUCCGAUAUCUGUCGGCCUCAUGACAUGAUUCCGAAAUACCACUUUUCUUCAAGCAAAAGCGGAUGAUAAUAUCAGCUCGCUCACGAGCUGAUAAUAUGCUCGUGAGCAUCCACAACAACAGGAGCCCGAGACAAGCCC